AUUUGAUCUGUCGGACAGGGACAAGUUCUUUGACAGCAAGACCAGGAGCUCAAUAGUCUAUGAGGUACUGAAGAGGACUAGAUGCACCAGAGCCAAAUAUUCCAUGGCAUAUCGAUCCCGGUCAUUCAAAGACUCAACGGCAGAUGGUUCAGUGAACCGUGGGAUAACCAGUCUGCUAGCCAAUGGUGUCUAUACAUCUGCUUAUCCUCUGCAUGACGGAGACAUCGAGGGGGUGAAUGCAGAACCUAACGACAGGAAGCUGCUGUACGAGCAGUGGGCCAGCUACAGCUACUUCUACAAGUACCAGCCUAUUGGACUCAUCAGGAAAUAUUUUGGGGAGAAGGUUGGACUGUACUUUGCCUGGUUAGGAGUCUACACACAGAUGCUGAUCCCUGCAGCCAUAGUUGGAGUCAUUGUAUUCCUCUAUGGCUGCGCCACCGUCGACGAUAACAUACCGAGUAUGGAGAUUUGUGAUCCCAGGCACAACAUCACCAUGUGUCCGCUCUGCGAUCGCGCCUGCAGCUACUGGAAGCUGGUGACGGCGUGUGGUACAGCCCGAGCCAGCCACCUGUUCGAUAACCCAGCCACUGUCUUCUUCUCCAUCUUCAUGGCCCUCUGGGCGGUUCUGUUCAUGGAGCACUGGAAGAGACGACAGAUGCGACUCAACUAUAUCUGGGACCUGACGGGCUUCGGAGAGGAGGAGGAGGAGGAGCAUAAGGACCACAACCGAGCCGAGUACGAGUUCCGGGUCAUGCGAAAGACAAUAAGAAAGGAGCACCCAACCCCGAAGAGAGAGGAAAGUGAGAAGGGGAAGGAGAAGGGGAAGGAGAAGCUGACGUGUACAGACAGACUGCCAGCUUACCUGACCACUCUGGUGACGAUGGUCUUCAUGAUCCUGGUGACAUUUGCCAUAGUCUUCGGGGUCAUUCUGUAUCGGAUUAGCAUUAAAGCAGCCCUGCACAUGAGCACCUACUCUGCCCGUCCAACAUCCGAGCCACUGUCAAGGCACGCCGCCAUCAUCAACCUCGUCGUCAUCAUCAUCUUAGACGAAGUCUAUGCCGCCAUUGCCCGCUGGCUUACCACACUGGGUGAGGCUCAUUUAACUGUUAAUCCCCUUAAAGGCAUGGAUGGUCCUUAA